CCUGACUUGAUUGGCUUCAUCUCCAAGACCUCGUCCAGUCCCUGGCAUAGCCCCACCAAAGCCACCGGCACUCCCACGUCCAGCGCCACCGCCCUCCAUCAGACUUCGUCGCACGAUGUCCGCGUAGUGGUUAGCAGCAGAUUGGAUCCACGAUGAUGGUUUGGGCUCUAUAUUUUGGUGGCCAAGACAAGUUGCCCUUCUUUCUAGCACAAGUGCAUGUCAAAGGGCUUGACACCCCAUUGGAUCCUUGUGCUGCUAUUCUUGUCUCAAUAGUUACUGCAUUACUCUGUCUAGGAAUUAAAGAGAGCUCAUUUGUGGAAGGCAUCAUCACCACUGCAAACAUCGUGGUCAUGCUCUUUGUAAUCUGUGCUGGUGGAUGGUUAGGAUUCAAGAAUGGAUGGGCCGGCUAUAAAGGGCCAGAAGGUUACUUUCCUAACGGUAUUGGUGGAGUCCUUUCCGGAUCAGCAACCCUCUUCUUUGCGUUCAUUGGCUUCGACACAGUUGCUAGCACAGCUGAGGAGGUGAAGAAUCCUCAGCGCGAUCUUCCGCUGGGGAUGGGCCUGACCCUGUCCGUGUGCUGCUUCCUCUACAUGAUGGUCUCUGCUGUUGUGGUCGGUCUGGUGCCGUAUCGCGCGAUCGAUCCUGACACUACUAUUUCUUCUGCGUUUGCGCAAUAUGGGAUGCAGUGGGCAGAGUAUGUUGUCUCCAGUGGGGCUGUUCUUGCCCUCAUCGCGUCCUUGAUAGGCAGUAUUCUUCCCCAGCCAAGAAUUAUAAUGGCUAUGGCCAGAGAUGGAUUGCUUCCGCCAUUGUUCUCAGCUUUUAAUCGACAAACUCAAGUGCCAAUCUUGAGCACAACCUUGACUGGGACAUGUGCUGCUAUCCUGGCUUUUUUCAUGGAUGUCUCUCAAUUGGCAGGGAUGGUAAGCGUGGGAACCUUAUUGGCGUUUACGACAGUUGCCAUUUCUGUUUUAGUAGUAAGGUAUGCUCCUCCAUAUGAGAUGCCAAUGAAAGUGGCUCAUGCAGGUACACCUGAGUCACUAAUUUCAAAUUCUGGUCACUCAGAGCAAGACGAGCAAAAUUUGGAAGAUCCUUUUGGCAAUGGUAACGAGAAGGGUGAUAAUAGUUUUCCAUUAACUGCCAAGUUCAACAAAGUAAGGCGACAGAAAGCCAUCAGAAGCAUAGUAUUGAUAUGCCUUGGGGCCAUCAUCUUGGUAUUUGCAGUUUCUUUCUCCUUUUUGCCAUUUUACGUGCGGAUGACUGCAUGCACCAUUGGCGGGCUUCUUUUGUUGAGUUCUUCUAUUGUGCUUUUGUACAUUGGUCAAGACAAGAUCUCUUUGGGACCAACUGGAGGAUUCAUGUGCCCGUUGGUGCCACUACUUCCAAUUUGUUGCAUCAUCGUCAACGGAUACCUUCGUAUGAACCUUGGGUAA